AUGGAAUUAACAUCGACCUUGCUUGAGCUUGUUAGUGAUGCUGCAGGCACUUGCAGCUCAAGUUUGAGCGAGAAAGACCUCAUCAAUCGCUUAGAGAACGCUAGAAAGCAAUUGCAACGACCAGAAAGCUCUGUAUUGCCCUCAGAAUCCAUCGCAAUUGGUGUCUGUCACGUGACAAGUCAAGUUGUGGGAUUCCUCGUCCAGUAUCGACCUGUUUCAGCUUAUGCAGCAAGUCAUAGAUGGCAUAAACGCAUUAUUAUGCUAGAAACAGCAGUGGCAAGUGCAUUUGCAGUCAUCCAAAGCUCUGAAGAUGCAGAUUUAGCAUUGAAAUAUCCAGAUAACAGGGAGUUUUGUCAUAUCUACAUGAGGCUACUGCAUAGACUUUGGAAGGCUUCACGGUCACCACAACAGGCAGUUGAUGUAGUGAGUGUUAUGAUCAAGUGUUGUAUACUGCUGGUGACAUGCUGGCUAUCAUACGACCGAGUAGGGAAGCUCGUGAAGGCUGAAAAGUUGCUUACUUUUUGUAGCGAGUUCUGCUUAGAGCACGAGUCGUUGCAGGAUCAGUCUAAGUGGCCACAGUUCUUGCUUGGAAUGGUGAAUAUGGUGGAGAAUAAGGACUAUAGUGAAGCUUUGCGGUGCUUUCGGAACGUCGUGGAUCGAUGUGAUGGCUUAGCAGACGAGGAUGGAGUGUUUUGCUAUUGGCAAGCGGUGGCCUUGAUCCACAAUAAUCGUGCACGUGAGGCUGUGAUUGCACUUAAUACGUGCAUUCGAGCAAAUUAUGAACCCGUUGCUUGUUUGUCGCUCCAGGCACUAGCGAGUCUACAAGCUUUGGAUUUCUAUGCGGGUGCAAAGCAACUGCAGCGUGCAUUGGAAAUUGACUACAUGCAUUCGAGGUCGCUGUUUAACUACGCGCUCUUGAUGGAGCGUGUGGGUAACUUUGAGGCACAGCAGCAACUGCUAGAGUACGUUCUGGGACCCCGUCGAGAUGUGGGCGGUCAAGUUGAAGAUAGCAAGCGCAAGCAGACCACUGAUAACAUAGAUCCCUCGAGUGCCACACCAACACUUUUCGAGGAUGUUCGUCUAGUAUCGUUGUUUCCAGCUCGGCUGACAAGUGUCGACGUGUCAAUGGCGCACUAUCAUCUGGCUUUAGCGGCAAUGGAAAAUGGCUGUUGGUUGGAGUCGAAAAAACAUUUUGAAGAAUUUCUUGGAGGCAUGGAGCUGGACAAGUGUUCGUGUAGUAUUGUAGAGGCCGCUCGGGAUUAUGUCUACGUGUUGCUUCAGUGCAAGCUUCCGUCGUUGGCGCUUAAAAAAUGCGAGCAGUAUUUGCUCGAACUCGAGGGUAGCAAUACAAACUAUGCAGAUAUUGUUCCAGUGGUGACGCUCUUACUCCAUCUGUAUAAAGCUGACGCUUUGCUUUGUUUGGAACGUGUUGUCGAAUGCUUUGAGUACCUCGAUCAGAUUGUUCAACCGAAAAUACAAGGUUUAAUGCAACAGCAAAUUGCUGCUGCUCCAACUAUUGACUCUAUUGCUGGAGAAAUUGCAUCAUGUCACUUGCAGUUGCUGAACAAUUUAGCUGUUGUCAUAACAUGCUGCUCUGGUGUUGAUGCUGGUCUCUCGGUACUUAGAAAUGGACUGGAACAGUAUCCUGAUUGCCUUGCUAUUAAGUUCAAUCUCGUUCUUCUGCUUUGGAGGAAGGGUGACAAAACUACUGCAUGCUCUAUUUGGCUGAAAGCUCGCGGUUGGAAUCUACAAGCAAAGUCCGACAAGAUGCAUGAAGAAAUUCCACUAAAUUUGCUGACUACAAGCCCAGGUUGUCAGAUUCAAGCCCCAUCCAUUUCAGAGCACGUACAAGGCAAACUCGAUGGAGAAGAUGGAGUAUCUGCGCAACAACUUUUGUAUUUGGAUGCGCUGAUUUCGAAUCAUUGGCACAAAACUCGACGUUUGCAACUUGCUGGUUCACUUCAAUCUGUUGAGCAUCUUGAACAUUUAGGCACCACGAGUAGUAGUCGGUCCAAGGAAUGGUACAAGUAA